AUGAAAAUCCUUCCUUUUCUCCUUGUUCUCCUCUUGGUGGCAUUUCAAGGAGCUGCAGAGCUGCGACUCUGCUGGCCACUCCCAGCCAUGAGGAUCCUGCCUGUCCUCUGUGCUCUGCUCCUCCUGAUGCUCCAGGGAGUGACAGGGCUGUCCCCAGUUCGAGCAUCAGCCCAGGAGUGCGAGCGCCGUGGGGGAUUCUGCUCGCAGCGCUCCUGCCCGCCGGGGAUCGGCCGCGUCGGGCUCUGCUCCGAGCAGGAGUUCUGCUGCCGGAUGCGGUGGUACCCCUGAUGGGCUCCUGGACCCCCGAGCACAACACCAGCUGUGCCCUUCCAUGAUCCAGACAAUGCUGCCUGGAGGCACCGAGCACUGCCAGGGCCAGCAGACCUGGUUUCCAUGGGAAUCCCA